UAGACCUACGGGGCAAUUUUCGAUGGAAGAGGCGAGGAGAUUUUUAUGAUUUGCGUGGUAAUAGCGCAAAAUGUUCAUUUUAAUCAAUAGCUAUGGGUAGAUGACGAUGAAAUAUUUUUUCCUGUCUGAUUGGAGGCAUGUCUAGCUCAAGUAAACGAGAGGAAAAUGAGGAGAAACUUUUGCAGUCGGCGCGUCGAGGUGAUUUGGACACCGUACUUAGUUUGUUGCAAGCUAAAUCACCUGGCAAAAGUAGCUCUCGUUCAAGUAUUGAUGUGAACUGCAAAGGGAAAUCAAAAGCAAAUCAAGGCUGGACCCCUCUCCAUCUUGCAUCAUACUUUGGACAUUGUAAUGUUGCAAAAGCAUUGCUUGAGAAUGGAGCUGAUGUCAAUGCCAGAAAUGGAAUGGGAGACACUCCACUACACAGGGCAGCUUUCACUGGAAGAGCGGAUGUGGUCACAUUACUGAUUCAGCAUGAUGCAGAUGUUACUAUCAUCAAUGGAGAGGGUAGAAAAUCAAGUCAGGUUACCAACAGUGUAGAAGUUAAACAACUCAUUAAAGCUGCAGAAAGGAGUCUCCAGCUGAAACUUGAGGAACAUUUGCUCACAGCUGCAAGGGAAGGUGACACCUCAGAGCUGAAGAAACUGAUUGAUAGUACAAAUCCUCCAAAUAUUAACUGUCAAGACAUGUUAGGAAACACUCCAUUGCAUUGCGCUGCAUACAGGGGACACAAAGUGAUUGCAGUCACACUUUUACAGCACGGGGCAGACACCACUAUCAAAAACAGCAAUGGUCAGACAGCCUUGGAUUUAGCCACUAACAAGAAAAUGAAACAACUGUUGGAUGUUCAACCACUGCAGAAACUUCACAAGGUGGUGUCAAGACAUGAAGGUGCCCUGCUCAAGCGGUCCCGGUUCUUUGGGUGGAAGAAAUUCUGGGUUGUCCUAGAGAGAGGUGUACUUAGCUAUUUUAAUAAGAGAGCUGAUGCAGCGGCGAGUGUGAAGAGACAAGGUUAUAGAUAUUUAGACCGCUGUAAAUUUUCGGUACCCAAGGACGAGAAGCACAAAAUUAAAAUCCAUUAUUCAGAUAACACCGUUCAGAUCUGGAGCAUUCCACCGAGUGAAAAAACUCCACAAGUCCAACGCCAGCGAUGGUUAAACUCUCUGCACGAGCACUGCGCCUAUAGCACUUUUUACACAACUCAACCCACAGUACUUAUUGAUGAUCAAGAACAGGAUGUGAUACCGUUGGGGAGCAUGCAGGAUUCGCUAAAGAGCGCUCGUGCCCAUCAGCAACUUCUCGACGAACAAGUUGUUGGAAUAAAUAAGACAAUUGCAGACGUAUCCAACUCGUAUUCAUCGGAGUCAAAUUCUAAAGGAAGCUUAGUGAAGAUCAGCGAGAAACUCAAUGAGGUGGUAGCGACAGCUCGUAAUAUGUGUAACGCUCUGACUCACUGUUUGGAUUUACUGUCACAACAAGAGGAGGUGCGUCAUCUUAGAUUUGAAGAAGAAGUCGAGAAAAGAAGAGUCCUUGAGGAUGCUCUUCACGUCUUGGCGACAGAACAUCAUGCUUUGGAGUGCUCAAUUGGAGCCCACGAGUUCAUUCAUGGAAGUCGCAUGACCUUGACGAGUGAUUGUAACGAAGAGUUUUUCGAUGCAAGAUCGGACGUUGGUUGCCCUCUUCCAGACGACUUGCUCUCGGAUGACGAUAGCGACGAUGGCGACGAGUACGUACCAAGUGUAGCAACCCUUGAAGCAGCAGGGCAAGAGGUUCAACAGAAUCACGUUGAAACAAUUGUCGUACCUAACACUAGUACCAAUAGUAACAAUAUUAAGAGGGCAGCUUCUGGAAGAAAGCUGGGAAAUUUGAACAGACUUUCGUUGACGAGAAGUACGUCCGAUACAAAUAUUGCAGCCAAAUCGGAAAUUAGGCAUUUGCUAGAUUCUGAAAGUCUGCAAAAGUCGAAAUCUGCCUCCAGCGACAUGGAGCAAUCAGCGGCGCUGUACAGGAAACAAGAAACUGAGAAGAAAGCGAAUGGCAAAAUGCGCCACAGAACCGCCUUGCCUGUAGCUAUGCUUUCUAGGAACGAAUUCAGUGUGUGGGCGGUACUUAGACAAUGUAUAGGAAAGGAUUUGUCAAGAAUUACAAUGCCAGUAAUUUUCAAUGAGCCGCUGACGUUUCUGCAGCGUGUGGCAGAGUACAUGGAAUAUGUAAACCUCCUUCACACGGCCUCAAGUUUAGACGAUCCGCUGUUGAGAAUGCAGUUUGUUUGCGCGUUUGCAAUAUCAGCCACUGCAUCGAAUUUAGACAGAGUAGGAAAACCUUUUAACCCACUCCUUGGAGAAACUUAUGAACUGGUCCGAGAAGACAUGGGUUUCAAACUUGUUGCUGAACAGGUUAGUCAUCACCCUCCUGUUAGUGCAGUGCAAGUUGAAAGUGAAGACUUCGUGUUCCAUGUCACAGUUCAACCCAAGCUCAAGUUCUGGGGAAAAGGGGUUGAAAUUCAACCGAAAGGCAUGGUCACACUCAAGUUUCCAAAACGCAAUGAAGUUUACACGUGGAAUAACGUCAAUAGUUGUGUUCACAAUAUCAUUGUGGGACAGCUUUGGAUUGAACAAUUCGGUCAAAUAGAAAUUACCAACCACACCACAGGAGACUACAGCUUGAUACAUUUUAAACCUGGCGGAUGGUUUGGUAAAGAACUCAACAAGGUGGAAGGUUCCAUUUUCUCCGCUGACAAGAGAAAGCGGUUCAUUCUGCGUGGAGACUGGACGGAUUGCAUCCAGUGCUUCACUGUGGACAAAAUCACUAGGAAGGAAUCUAAACGAGAAAGCAAGAGACGGCGGUCAGAUGGCAGCGAAAACAGCUUUGCAUCCGCCACUUCUCUAGAGAGUUUCAGUAGCGGUAGUAGCGGUGGAAGCGUCAGCGUGGACACCUCGGUACCCAAGACCCUCUGGAGAUUUCAAGAGCGACCUCCUAAUAGUAAACAGAUGUACAAUUUUACGACAUACGCAAUGCAGUUAAAUGAACUUCAUGAAGAAGAUAAAGCCACGUUACCACCGACAGAUUCAAGGCUCAGACCUGACUGUCGGGCGUUAGAAAACGGUGAUUUAGAUACAGCUACUAUGGAAAAAAUACGACUAGAGGAAAAGCAAAGGGCAGCGAGAAAAGAAAGACAAAAACACGAGCGUUGGAUUCCCAGGUGGUUCAAAGAAGACAUAAAUCCAUACACAGAACAGAUGGACUGGAUAUUCACCGGAACGUACUGGAAUAGAGAUUGGAAAACGUGUCCAGACAUCUUUUAAAUUUCCCUUCCUUAGGUCCUAUCAAAAUUAAAAUUGCUCGGCCUUUACGAACAUUUUUUUCCCAAACGGUAGAGAUUAAGAUGCAUUGUUAGGUUUUUAUGCCUUGCACUUAGUGUAAUCCGCGCAAGGUGCAAAAUUAUUUAGAUAAGUCUUUCGUGACGUUUAAUUGGGAACAGACCCGCGUGAUGUAUAAGUCGAAUGAUUUUGCGUGACGUAUCACCCGCGAAGAAGAGUGUCACGCAACGCUGUAGGCUGUCAACUUCGAUGCUCAAGCUCCUUGACUGAAAAAUGUAACUGGGUGAAAGAACUAUUUCUUCAAAUUUUUACCACAUUUGAAGGACUUAAAAAGCCUUUUAUGGGACAUUUGAUUCGACUAAUCUGGUGUUCUUUCAAAAUUUUUUUUUUUCAGUUUUCUAGAAUUCUACAAAAUUGUCGAAUCCAUUUCAGUAUCAAAGCAGCUGCGCGCCAACCCCUCCCCUAAUCCAGUCAACUGAUAACGAGUUACGGUCAAUAUUGGGUUAGGGGAGGGGUAGGUGCGGAGUUGAUCAGAUAAUGACAUUGAUUGAAACUGCUUUGUGCUUCCUAAAGAAAAAAGAAGUGGAAAGAAAGAAGGAAAAUAGAAACCGAAUCAGUAUUUAUUUUAGAAGAAAAUUUGCAUUGAUAAGUAAAUUUUCUCCAUUUGUGUCGCAGGUGAAUUGCUCUAAUCCUAAAAUUGUUAGUCUGGAUCAUGUAGCUCAGAUCAUUAUCAGGUCCUUUCUUGUUCGCAUUUAAGUUCAAAUAACAACAUCAUUGUGUACAGAUGUUCCUUUUAUUUUUGUACCACAUCAUGUUUUUUAAGAUGGAAGCAGAAAAUUUAGUUCAGAAUUCGAUCGCAGCAUUGGCAACGCAAGACGGCCAGGUCGACGCCUUAUUCGGUGCACUCUUUUAAGAAAGGUUUUAAAACUGUUCCAACCUUGUCUCUCGCGGUCCGUUUUAACCUUUCUCUUUGUUAACUAUGAUGGUGCUUUUGUAGAUCAUACAGCUUCCUUUGGUGCUUUUGUACCAUUUUAAUUCAUUGUUUCUUUCGGCCCCUAUAAAAAAAGAAAGGUACAAAACGUGCCACAAGUUGACACUGUAAAGCUCCGACAGGCCCUGUUUUUUCAAGAAUGUAGACUGCGGUCAUUGCGGUCACGAGCAUGCGUGGUGAUGUAAAAGAUAUGUAUGACGUCAUUGUUGCCUUUGGUGUCGUUGGAGUUUCUGGUUUGAAUUUUCGUAUUGUUGAAAUGAUAUGACUAUGGCUUUAAAUUUUUGACUAUUUAUUUGGAGGUAACAAACGUUUAGUGAAGUUUACAAAAUGAAUAUUAGAAAGUCAAUGGAUUUGUUCCAGAUUAAGGAUU